AUGUCAUUGACCCAUCUACCAUCCAUCGUUACCCCACAGCAGCAGCACCACGCUACCUUACCACCGCUUAGCAACCAAUUAAACCAGCAGUGUUGUUCACUAUUGCACUCGUCACAAUGUGCCUUCCCUUUUCUUCAACAGUCGCACCAUGUGUUGCUAUCUUCAACACCUUCUAGUAUCAAUCUCACGCUAUCUGGUCCGCUACGGCGAGGUAAAUGGACACGAGCUGAAGAAAAUUACGCUGCGGCAACCAUCUCGUACUUUUGUGAUGGUCUCUUGGCUAUCCAGUACGGCACUACCCUUCGUGGAUAUUUGGCGCAACAGCUUCAUUGUGACCCGAUGCGGAUUUCAAAAAAGCUGCUACCUGGUUCAGUCUUUGCUGGCAUUAAAAUUAACCCCAAGAUUGGCCGACGAGCCUACUACCCGUGCGCUCAGGACUCACCAGCAGCUGCACGAUCCAAAGAAAAUGCCGCUCAACACCUCACUAAUCUCCGUCAAGCAUUCAUUCAGAGCAUUGAAGAUGAGGAACAAGCCCUGAAAACGACCAGCAGUGGUGCAAUCACCGACAGUCCCCCGCCUUCGACCAAGACGCUCAUAGACACACGCAAGAGUCCGAAGCCAAUGGUGAUCAUUGGCCGCAAACGUAGCUACGACGAUGUCAACAGUGUCGUGCUUGCGCAGCACCAUCAAGGACACUCGGUGUCCGGAAAGCUCGCGAACCCACAGAUUCCCUAUCACUUCCAGCAUCAAGUUCACCCGACGCUCUUUAGCUCCCGCUAUGCUGCAACGACAAGUUCUGGUACUUCACCAACUGUGGUAAUCCCAGCUAUAAGUAAACUGCCAAAGCUGACAAUCACGGAUAACGUAUCUCGUCACGUGUCGUACUCAACCCAGCAACGCAGUGUGUCGCCUGUGACAGUAGCAACAUCAGCAGCAGUGCUGCCGCCUUUACGUGUCUCGCUCGUUCGAGCUUCCAUGUCCUAG